AUGUUCUCUCGUCUCCGUUCGGAACAAACUUUCACGCCCCUGAAGAGCGAUCCACCCAGGCGUCUAGGAACCCUCAAACGUCGCCUACAGAUAAACGAGGAUGAGGACGAGGACGAGUUAUGCCUGGUUUCCCCUAAGAAAAAGAAGCAGGCAUAUUAUUCUGCUGCGCCUUUAUUUAACAAAUUUAAGAGAUUCAAGACCGACGAAGUUGAUCGCCAUAUACCUCGCACAUACAACCGUCGGCAACGGAUGAGCCCAUCUCCUGAUCCCGAGCCAGCUGUGAUUACCGAGCUUCAAGAACGCUACGCGAACCUACGCGCAAUUCUCCAUAGCGCUGCCCUGGCCGGUCUCGAAGAAGCUGAAGCCAAUGUCUUAACCCGCAGCGAGGCUGAUAUCCGAGCUAAUCGACAGAAGGCGGCUACCCUUGAUUCACAGGUUACCAAGCUUCUAGCACCCCUCCAGGACCUCACCGUCGACUACACAGCCACGGGCGAGGACGGCCAGGAGCGCACAGUAGCCAUAGCGAUUAGCAACGCCAUCACAACCUUCAAGAAGAAGCUCGAAGCUGCCGUUGCCGAGCUCGGUGGGCUCUGGGCUUCCUAG